AUGCGCGGUGUUGAUGGAAAAGUCCUUCUUACUACUAACCCUCCGCGAGAACUUCAACCAAAGGAGGUGCUAAUCAAGAUCACGCAUAGCGGACUCUGCUCUAGCGAUCUUGCCUACGUUCAGUACGGCUGUGUCCUUGGCCAUGAGGGUGUUGGUAUUGUCGAGCAAGUUGGCGGUGAGGUUACUAAACUCAAGGUCGGGGACAGGGUUGGAGGGGGGUACUUGCGCAGCAGCUGCGGCAGUUGCAAUUACUGCAUCUCUGGCCAGGACAUUCUUUGCUACAGUCGCAACAUUUUUGGCGAGGGUGACUUCAACAACGGCACCCUUGGCCACCAUUUCAUCGCCGAACAGGGUUACGUCUAUCCAAUCCCGGAGGGAAUGUCAUCCGAAGAGGCAGCUCCUCUUCAGUGUGCUGGUUCCACAGUCUACAGCGCCUUGAUCCAGUACUACAAACACGGUAUGCGCGUUGGCAUCCUGGGCAUUGGUGGUUUAGGUCACUUGGCAAUUCAGUUUGCAAAUAAGCUUGGGGCCCAUGUCACUGUCUUUAGCACUACAGCUUCUAAAGAAGAAGAAGCCAGAAAAUUUGGAGCUCACCACUUUGUUGUCCUCGGCCAAGAGAAGGGGCAGAUCAAGCAACCGGUCGAUCUCCUUCUGCUGACCGGCAGUAAGGCUCCGGACUGGAACAGCUUUAUGGAUAAGGAAAUCCUCGCCCGAGGUGCAUCCAUUGUUGCAAUCGGCUUUACUGGGCCUACUUUUGAAGUUCCCUUUAUACCGACCUUUUUCAACGGUUAUAACAUUGUCACAAACUUGGUGUCCUCCCGCAGGGCUCAUAGUGAGAUGUUGGAGUUUGCUGCCCGCAAUGAGAUACACCCUGUUAUUGAGAAAUUUCCCUUUAGCAACGAGGGCAUCGCCGCUGGAAUCGAAAAGCUUACCAGCGGCAAGAUCCGCUACCGAGCUGUUCUGGUGUGGGAGUAG